AUGUCAAGCACUUACUUGGAAUAGGUGAGAGCGGCCUUUUCUCAGAUCGAAGUCAUUGAAAAGACCAUUGUAUUUUGUAUGCAGAGCAAACAAGUGAUUCCAAAUUAGUCCGUGCUGCUGGAUCAUAGAAUCCACAAUUUGAUUUAAAUGGCGCAGAAGACAGCAGCCGAUGCGUUGAUAUUAAUUGAUGGUGCCGAUGGUUGGAAGAAGGAAGAGAUGAAUUAUCUCUAAGGAGUUGGAGGCUCUGGUGAUGUCUGGGAAAACUUCUACGAAAGAUUUAAGGAAAUCAAGGAUUAUCACAAGAGAGUCACCAAUGUUUAAACUAUGCAAAAUAAAGUCGAAUUUUACUAUGAAUAAGCAUUUGCACCGCCAUUCAAAGAACCCUAUUUCUCCGGAGAAGAACAUCAUGGUAGAUUUCUUGAUAUGCAUGCUAGCUAUAAGGAAUUCUUGAAUCUCAAAAAGUUAAAGGAAAGUAACAAAAUCAAAAUUGGGGAUUAUUUGUGGUAUUUGCAAAACUUUUAAAAUUUUCAUGAUAUCCCACUCUAUAUCAAAGAAAAGGAAGGAAGUAAAUACAAGAGAUAUCUCAUCAAUAUGUUGGAUUAUUUUGCGUAGUUUUUAAUUAAAGAGUAGAUCAUUAAUUUAUUUUAGGUAAAUCCUUUAUAAGAUGUUAGCAAGAUUGAAUAAAAAAUAGAUAUUGAAUUUUAAACCUAAUGGGAAAAUGGUUAAGUUAAGGGUUGGGAACAUCGAAAAGAAGAGACUGAAGAAAUCAGAGGACAUCCUCAUUAAUUGUGA